AUGAAGGUAUCAAACUCCAAAGGAAAAAUAUUAGUUGGAUUGUUAAAAUUUACAUCUCGAAGAAUUAUAACAAGCUUCUUAACUAGACCGAGUUCAACUCCUAGUACUGAAACCAAGACAAUCAUAAAUAUUGAUACUAUACCAACAAUUGCAAAAACAGCUACUAAUGAAACCGUUACGGACUCAUCAACUGCUAAAGAUAAAACAACCCCAAAUAUUCCAACAUCCACAUUUAUAAACGAUACCUCAAUAACCGAAUCUAGUACUGAUACUACAGCAACUACACAAACAAAUAAAAUAACCAUACCUAGUACCGAUACAACCACUAUUUCUCCUACUACGAAUAUCAUCUCAAUCACUAGUAUUACUGAUACAAAGAAACCUACACCUCUUACUGAUACGUUUACAAAUACAGCUACUACAGAAACCGUGGCAGACUUAUCAACUAUUGAAGCUAAAACAACCACCCCAAAUAUUGAAACUACAACAUCCACAUUUAUAAACGAUACCUUAAAAACUGAUACUAGUACCGAUACUACAGCUACUAUAAAAACAAAUAAAAUAAGAAUACAUAGUACCGACACCACCACUAUUUUACCUACUACAAAUAUAAUCACUACUAUUAAUGAUAAAAAGAAACCUACACCUCUUACUGAUUCCUUUACAAAUGCAGCUACUACAGAAACAGUUGCAGAUUCAUCAACUAAUGAAGCUAAAACAACCACGCCAAUUAUUCAAACUAAAACAUCCACAUUUAUAAACGAAACCUUAAAACCCGAAACUAGUGCAGAUACUACAGCCACUAUACCUACAAACAAAAUAAUAAUACCUAGUACAGACACCACCACUAUUUCAUUUACUACCAAUAUAAUCACUACUAUUACUGAUACAAAGAAACCUAAACCUCCUACUGAUACCUAUACAAAUACAGCUAUUACAGAAACCGUUGCAUAUUCAUCAACUACUGAAGCUAAAAUAACCAUCCCUAAUAUUGAAACUAAAACAUCCACAUUUAUAAACGAAACCUUAAAACCCGAAACUAGUGCAGACACUACAGCCACUAUACCUACAAACAAAAUAAUAAUACCUAGUACAGACACCACCACUAUUUCAUUUACUACCAAUAUAAUCACUACUAUUACUGAUACAAAGAAACUUACACCUCUUACUGAUUCCUUUACAAAUGCAGCUAUUACAGAAACCGUUGCAAAUUCAUCAACUAUUGAAACUAAAACAACCACCCCAAUUAUAGAAACUACAACAUCCACAUUUAUAAACGAAACCUUAAAACCCGAAACAAGUGCAGAUACUACAGCCACUAUACCUACAAACAAAAUGACAAUACCUAGUACAGACACCACCACUAUUUCACCUACUACCAAUAUAAUCAAUACUAUUACUGAUACAAAGAAACUUACACCUCUUACUGAUUCCUUUACAAAUGCAGCUACUACAGAAACCGUUGCAGACUCAUCAACUACUAAAGCUAAAAUAAACAUUUCUAAUAUUGAAACUACAACAUCCACAUUUAUAAACGAUACCUUAAAAACUGAUACUAGUACCGAUACUACAGCCACUAUACCUACAAAUAAAAUAACAAUACCUAGUACCGACACCACCACUAUUUCACCUACUACCAAUAUAAUCACUACUAUUACUGAUACAAAGAAACUUACACCUCUUACUGAUUCCUUUACAAAUGCAGCUAUUACAGAAACCGUUGCAAAUUCAUCAACUAUUGAAACUAAAACAACCACCCCAAUUAUAGAAACUACAACAUCCACAUUUAUAAACGAAACCUUAAAACCCGAAACUAGUGCAGAUACUACAGCCACUAUACCUACAAUCAAAAUAACAAUACCUAGUACAGACACCACCACUAUUUUACCUACUACCAAUAUAAUCACUACUAUUACUGAUAAAAAGAAACCUAAACCUCCUACUGAUACCAUUACAUAUACAUCUACUACAGAAACCGUAUCAGACUCAUCAACUACUGAACCUAAAAUAACCAUCCCUAAUAUUGAAACUACAACAUCCACAUUUAUAAACGAUACCUUAAUAACCGAAUCUAGUACUGAUACUACAGCCACUAUACCUACAAAUAUAAUAACAAGACCUAGUACCGACACCACCACUAUUUCACCUACUACCAAUAUAAUCACUACUAUUACUGAUACAAAGAAACUUACACCUCUUACUGAUUCCUUUACAAAUGCAGCUACUACUCCAGAUUCAUCAACUAUUGAAGCUAAAACAACCACCUCAAAUAUUGAAACUGCAACAUCCACAUUUAUAAACGAUACAUUAAAAACCGUAACUAGUACCGAUACUACAGCCACUAUACCUAAUAAAAUAACAAUACCUAGUAUCGACACCAUCACUAUUUCACCUACUACCAAUAUAAUCACUACUAUUACUGAUACAAAGAAACCUUCACCUCUUACUGAUACCAUUACAUAUACAGCUAAUACAGAAACCGUUGCAAAUUCAUCAACUAUUGAAGCUAAAACAACCACCCCAAUUAUAGAAACUACAACAUCCACAUUUAUAAACGAAACCUUAAAACCCGAAACUAGUGCAGAUACUACAGCCACUAUACCUACAAAUAUAAUAACAAUACCUAGUACCGACACCACCACUAUUUCACUUACUACCAAUAUAAUCAAUACUAUUACUGAUACAAAGAAACCUACACCUCUUAAUGAUACCAUUACAUAUACAGCUACUACAGAAACCGUUGCAUACUCAUCAACUACUGAAGCUAAAAUAACCAUCCCUAAUAUUGAAACUACAACAUCCACAUUUAUAAACGAUACAUUAAAAACCGUAACUAGUACCGAUACUACAGCCACUAUACCUAAUAAAAUAACAAUACCUAGUAUCGACACCAUCACUAUUUCACCUACUACCAAUAUAAUCACUACUAUUACUGAUACAAAGAAACCUUCACCUCUUACUGAUACCAUUACAUAUACAGCUAAUACAGAAACCGUUGCAAAUUCAUCAACUAUUGAAGCUAAAACAACCACCCCAAUUAUAGAAACUACAACAUCCACAUUUAUAAACGAAACCUUAAAACCCGAAACUAGUGCAGAUACUACAGCCACUAUACCUACAAAUAUAAUAACAAUACCUAGUACCGACACCACCACUAUUUCACCUACUACCAAUAUAAUCAAUACUAUUACUGAUACAAAGAAACCUACACCUCUUAAUGAUACCAUUACAUAUACAGCUACUACAGAAACCGUUGCAUACUCAUCAACUACUGAAGCUAAAAUAACCAUCCCUAAUAUUGAAACUACAACAUCCACAUUUAUAAACGAUACAUUAAAAACCGUAACUAGUACCGAUACUACAGCCACUAUACCUCCAAAUAAAAUAACAAUACCUAGUAUCGACACCAUCACUAUUUCACCUACUACCAAUAUAAUCACUAUUAUUACUGAUACAAAGAAACCUACACCUCUUACUAAUACCAUUACAUAUACAGCUACUACAGAAACCGUUGCAGAUUCAUCAACUAUUGAAACUAAAACAACCACCCUAAUUAUUGAAACUUUAACAUCCACAUUUAUAAACGAAACCUUAAAACCCGAAACUAGUGCAGAUACUACAGCCACUAUACCUACAAUCAAAAUAACAAUACCUAGUACAGACACCACCACUAUUUCACCUACUACCAAUAUAAUCACUACUAUUACUGAUACAAAGAAACUUACACCUCUUACUGAUUCCUUUACAAAUGCAGCUAUUACAGAAACCGUUGCAAAUUCAUCAACUAUUGAAGCUAAAACAACCACCCCAAUUAUAGAAACUACAACAUCCACAUUUAUAAACGAAACCUUAAAACCCGAAACUAGUGCAGAUACUACAGGCACUAUACCUACAAUCAAAAUAACAAUACCUAGUACAGACACCACCACUAUUUCACCUACUACCAAUAUAAUCAAUACUAUUACUGAUACAAAGAAACCUACACCUCUUAAUGAUACCAUUACAUAUACAGCUACUACAGAAACCGUUGCAGACUCAUCAACUACUGAAGCUAAAAUAACCAUCCCUAAUAUUGAAACUACAACAUCCACAUUUAUAAACGAUACCUUAAUAACCGAAUCUAGUACUGAUACUAUAGCAACUAUACCUACAAAUAAAAUAACCAUACCUAGUACCGAUACCACCACUAUUUCCCCUACUACGAAUAUCAUCGCAAUCACUACUAUUAAUGAUACAAAUAAACCUACCUCUCGUACUGAUACCAUUACAAACACAGCUACAACAAAAACCAUUGCAGAUUCAUCAACUACUAAAGCUAAAAUAACCAUCCCUAAUAUUGAAAUUACAACAUCUACAUUUAUAAACGAUACCUCAAUAACCAAAUCUAGUACUGAUACUACAGCAACUACCCCUACAAAUAAAAUAACCAAACUUAGUACCUAUACCACCACUAUUUCCCCUACUACGAAUAUCAUCUCAAUCACUAGUAUUACUGAUACAAAGAAGCCUACACCUCUUACUGAUACGUUUACAAAUACAGCUACUACAGAAACCGUGGCAGACUUAUCAACUACUGAAGCUAAAAUAACCAUUCCUAAUAUUGAAACGACAACAUCCACAUUUAUAAACGAUACCUUACUAACCGAUACUACAGCAACUACACCUACAAAUAAAAUAACCAUACCUAUUACCGAUACCACCAUUAUUUCCCCUACUACGAAUAUCAUCUCAAUCACUACUAUUAUUGAUACAAUUAAACCUACAACUCUUACUGAUUCCAUUACAAAUACAGCUAUUACAGAAACCGUUGCAGAUUCAUCAACUAGUGAAGAUAAUACAACCAUCUCUAAUUUAACAGCCGCACGAACUUUUGUUGUGCCAACUAUCACAACUAUAAUGAAUAUAACAACAGCAGCACUUAUUACUGAUAUCGCACCAACUACACUAAAUCAUCAAACCCUAACAACCACAGCUACAACUAUAGCAACAAUACCUAGUAUGGAUGCCACUUCAACACUUCUUGUUACUCCUUUAAAUAUAAAACGACUGCAAGGUUGCUUAAUAAAGCAAGGCAAACUGAGGGAACAAUCACAAUCCUCAUUACCCAAAAAAAUUGAAUUUUAUAUGCGUAUAAAUGGAUCUAUUCUUUUGGAAAUUAGAAAAUAUUUAAUUAAUACCACUUGCAACUUGGAUAUAGUUGUGGCUAUUCUAGAAAAUUCGAUAAUAGAUAUUGUAACAAACCGAAGUUAUCGAGCCAACAAUUUAGAACUUGGGGUAGAGAAAUACAUUCGGUCAAAUGGAUUGACAAUCGGUAUAACACGAAUUAUCAAGUUUAAGAGAUAUUUUAUAUACAAGUUCGCUAUUAGAAAUGGUCCAGGAGGUCCAGCUACUCCUAUAAAACUUAAGGUAACAAACUCCCGAGGAAAGAAAAUUCUUGGAUUGAUUAAAUUUACAUCUCGUGCCCUUGUAGGAGAAUUUUUAAAUAUAAAUAAUACGCCUAGUAAUAUGAAGAAUCUUAAUAAUACAACAAUUAUGCCUGAUUCUGUAAACAAACCUACUAAAAAUAUCAUAAUAACUACUGAACCAAUUAUAGUAACAAGAGUCUUUAGUAAUAUUUCGAAAAACACUUCCUCAGAAACCAAAUAUACGAAUGAAAUCGCAAAUAUCACAUCUACUACAUCUACUAUUACAAUUGAAGCAACCAUAUUUAAUACUGUUUUGUUAAAUAACUCUGAUACAAAGACGUCCUCUUUAAAUACAGCUACCACAACAGACACACAAACUAAUAAUACAGCAAUCAUGUAUACAACUAAUAUAACCGUACCUAAACUUACUACUGAUACAACAGCAACCUCAUUUGAUAUUCAAACUACUACAUCCUCAUCUACUACUGACACUAAAACCACACCCACAAUCAAAUCAACCAUAUUUAGUACGGAUACGCCCAUUAUUUUACCGACUAUAAAUAUCAACGCAUUUACUAGUAUUACUGACGCAAGAGAAACUACACCUAUUACUGCCAUCACAAACAUACCUACUACUGAAACUGUAGCUCACACAUCAAAUACUGAGGCCUCAACAACCACUCCUACUAUUAAUACAAAAUCUACAUUUAUAAACAAUACCAUAACAACUGAACCUAAUACUGUUACUACUCAAACUACACCUAAUAUUAAAACUAAAUCAUCCACCACAUCUAAUGAUGAUACUAACACCACAGCUAUUACUUCUACUGAUAUAACAACAGCUCUAAUAAAUACUGAAAUAACAUCAAUCAUAAAUAUUACAGAUAUAUCAACACAUAUAACUGAUCCUUUGAAAAUCACAUAUACUACAAUAUCCACACCUACUACUGAAACAACAAAAAAUAUACUUUCUGAUGCAACAGCCAUUCUAACUACUGAUAUCAGGAUAAAUACUCCAACUACCGAUACUUUAACAACCAUAUUUUUAAAUGAUACGAGACCAGUUGUAUUUACUACUGAUAUAACAGGAACCAUACCUAACAUUGAUACCACAACUACUACACCUAAUAUUGAUAAUGUAACAUCUAUACCAAUUACCGAUGCCAUAAUCGCCUCACCAACUAUUGAUACAUCAAUCACAUCUAUAACUGAUAUAACCAGAUCACUAACUACUGAUACCACAGCAUCCUCAAUUGAUAUUCAAACCACACAAUCCCAAUAUACUACUGAUGCAAUCACAUCUACAAAUAUAACAACCAUACCUAAUACGGAUGCCACCACAAUUAAUUCUACUAUCAACAUCAUUGCUAUUACUACUGCUAUUGAUGCAAAUGAAACUAAACCCCUUACUAAUACUAUUGCACACACACCUACUAAAGAUGCCGUGGCAGACACAUCAUCUACUGUAAUAACCAAAACCAUCCCUAAUAUUGAAACUUCAACAUCCACAUUUAUAAACGAUACAACAACCGAACUUAAUACUCUUAAUACAGCAACUACACCUAAUAUUAAAACUACAACAUCUACCACAUCUACUGCUGAUACUAACAUAACCCCAGCUAUCAUUGUUGCUGAGAUAACAACAGUUCUACUGACUACUGAAAUCACGACAAUCAUAAAUACCACUGUUACUACACCUACAGAUAUUUCAAGGCAUAAGACUGAUACUAUUAAUAUCACAGAUACUAUUAAAACUAAUAUAUCCUUACCUACUAGUGAAACAACAAUAAACCCAUUUUCUGAUAUACCGGCAAUACAAACUACUGAUACCACUAUAAAUACGCCAACUGAUACCUUAACAACCAUAGUUGCUAACAAUACAAGGCCAAUUGUAUUUACUACUGAUAUAACAGCAACAAUACCUGGUAUUGAUACCACAACACCUAAUACUGAAAAUAUAACAUCUAUACUAAUUACCGAUAUCACAAUCGCCACCCCAACUAUUGGUACAGCAAUCACCCCUGUAACUAAUAUGACCGCACCCAGACUUAUUACUAAUACCACAGCAACCUUAUUUGAUAUUCAAACCACAACAUACACAUCUACUACUAUUGGCGCAACAACUACACCCCCAACUAAAAUAAGCAUAUCUAUUACGGAUACCACGAUAGCACCACUAGUUCAUACAUCAGCUAAAAAACUAUUGCAAGGUUGCUUAAUAAGACAAGGCAAUCUAAAAGAACAAGCACAAUCCUUAUUGCCCAAAAAAUAUGGAUUUAAUAUGCGUAAUAAAUCUUGUGAAUAUUGCAUAUAA